AUGCCUGAGAAGGAGUUGAACUACGUCACUUCAAGAGACCAGGCCUCUUCUAAUGAGAAGAAUGGCGGUGUCUAUAUUGACGCUUUUGAUGCCCAGGACAACAAGGCUCCUAUGGGUAAGUGGGAAUCGUUCAUUGACGGUUUCCGUAGAUUCGACGAGGCUGACUUGGGUAUUGACCCAAACUUGUCUGAAGUCGAGAAGGCUGCUAUUAUCACUGCUAACUCUCCAUUGUCGAGAUCCUUGAAGGGAAGACACUUGCAAAUGAUUGCUAUUGGUGGUGCUAUUGGUACCGGUUUGUUCAUUGGUUCUGGUAAGGUUUUGCGUCAAGGUGGACCUGCCUCUGUCUUGAUUGCCUACUUUUUGAUUGGUGCUAUGAUUUUCUGUACUGUGCAUGCUUUGGGUGAGUUGGCUAUUACUUUCCCAGUUUCUGGUGCUUUCGUUACUUACAACACUCGUUUCGUUGACCCAUCUUGGGGUUUUGCCAUGGCUUGGAACUAUGCCAUGCAAUGGUUGGUUGUUUUGCCUUUGGAAUUGGUCGCUGCUGCUAUCGCUGUGCUGUACUGGGACGAUAAGACGAAUCCUGCUGUUUACUGUGUUGCUUUCUACGUUUUGAUUAUUACCAUCAAUUUCUUUGGUGUCAAGGGUUACGGUGAGGCUGAGUUUGUCUUCUCCAUCAUUAAGGUUACCGCCGUUAUCGGUUUCAUCAUCUUGGGUAUCAUUUUGGUCUGCGGUGGUGGUCCAAAGGGUGGUUACAUUGGUGCUAGAUACUGGUACGACCCAGGUGCUUUCCACAAUGGUUUCAAGGGUCUUUGUUCCGUGUUCGUCACUGCCGCUUUUGCUUUCGCCGGUACUGAAUUGGUUGGUUUGGCUGCUGCUGAGUCUGUUAACCCAAGAAAGUCUAUGCCAAAGGCUAUCAAGCAGGUGUUCUGGAGAAUUACCUUGUUCUACAUUGUCUCUUUGAUUUUGGUUGGUAUGUUGGUUCCUUACAACGACCCUAACUUGUCCAAGGGUGAUGGUACUGCUCGUUACUCUCCUUUCGUUAUUGCCAUUAAGAAUGCUGGUAUCAAGGGUUUGCCAUCCAUCAUGAACGUUGUUAUUAUGAUUGCUGUCUUGUCCGUCGGUAAUUCCUCUGUGUUUGGAUCCUCCAGAACCUUGGCUGCUUUGGCUGCUGCUGGUAUGGCCCCAAAGAUCUUCAACUACAUUGACAAGAAGGGUAGACCAUUGUUUGGUAUUAUCUUGCAGGCCAUUUUCGGUUUGAUUUGUUUCGUCUCUGCUUCUGGUAAGCAGGGUGUUGCUUUCAACUGGAUGUUGGCUAUUUCUGGUUUGUCCUCCUUGUUCACCUGGGGCUCUAUCUGUCUCUGUCACAUUAGAUUCAGAGCCGCUCUUAAGCUCAAUGGCAGAGGUACUGAUGAACUUGCCUUCGUUUCCCAGGCAGGUAUCAUUGGAUCUUAUUUCGGUGUUACCAUGAACAUCUUGGUUCUUAUUGCUCAGUUCUGGAUUGCUGUCUGGCCUCUUGGAGGUAAGCCAGACGCUGAGGAUUUCUUCCUGGCUUACUUGUCCUUCCCAAUCAUCAUGGCCUUCUACUUUGGUCACAAGCUCUGGAAGCGUAACUGGAGAUUGUACAUUCCAGCCUCUGAGAUUGAUAUUGACACUGGUAGAAGAGAAUUGGACUUGGAUCUCUUGAAGCAGGAGCUUGCCGAGGAGAAGGCAUACAUUGCAUCCAAGCCACUCUACUACAGAGUUUGGAACUUCUUGUGUUAA